AAACUUGAAAAGUCAUCAAUCAGUUCUUCUUCUUCUUCCAACCAAAAACACCAAAACCAAAACCGAUCACAUGAAAUUUCAACAAUAAUCAUCAUCCAGAUGUCAAAUUACACUCUAAAUCCUUCAAAACAUGAGUUUCUUUAAAGAACUAAUCGACAAUUUCAAUUCAUAUUUCACUAAUUCACCAUCCGACACCUCAAAUCAAAACCCUAGUUCAUCGAACAACAGCAGUUAUCGCGAUCGAGCAGCAAUGGAAGGCGUGGAGAACGAACGGGCGGCGUAUAAGCUUAAAGGAUACUUUGAUCUGGCGAAAGAGCAGAUUGAUAAAGCGGUUAGGGCUGAAGAGUGGGGAUUAGUUGAUGAUGCUGUGUUGCAUUACCAGAAUGCUCAACGGAUAUUGGGUGAAGCGAUGGCUACGCCUGUGCCGUCGUAUAUUAGUUCCAGAGAACAAGAGAAGGUGAAAUCUUAUCGUCAAAAGAUAUCAAAAUGGCAGGGUCAAGUAUCUGAGAGACUAUCCACUUUAAACAGUCGAUCAGGCAGCACCUCAAUAAACAAGAAAACAUCACCUCAGUUACAAACAAAUUUGGUCUCUCCAUCAAGAACUAAUGCUACCAAAGUGGUGUCGCAAAAGUCUUCGGGUCCCAGUGUACAUGGUGCUAUGACACCGAAUCGGAGCAAUAAACCGAUGAACUCAAAGCCUGUUCAAGAACUAAACGGUGGCCUUGAUCCAAAGUUAGUUGAGAUGAUAAAUUCUGUUAUUGUAGACAGAAGUCCGUCUGUGAAAUGGGAAGAUAUUGCUGGCCUUGAAAAAGCUAAACAAGCUUUGCUGGAAAUGGUAAUUUUGCCAGCUAAAAGAAAAGAUUUAUUUACGGGCCUUCGUAGACCAGCUAAAGGUUUGCUUCUGUUCGGUCCACCUGGCACUGGUAAGACAAUGCUUGCCAAAGCGGUUGCUUCAGAAUCACAAGCAACGUUUUUCAGCAUCUCGGCUUCCUCUUUGACAUCCAAAUGGGUGGGAGAGGGUGAAAAACUUGUUCGGACACUUUUUGCAGUUGCUGUUUCCCGACAACCUUCGGUGAUAUUUAUGGAUGAAAUUGAUAGUGUGAUGUCAGCAAGAACAUCUAACGAGCAUGACGCUAGCAGAAGAUUGAAGUCAGAGUUUCUUGUUCAGUUUGAUGGGGUGACGUCAAACUCUAACGAUCUAGUAAUUGUUAUCGGUGCAACAAAUAAGCCGCAAGAAUUAGAUGAUGCUGUCCUUAGAAGAUUGGUGAAGAGAAUAUACAUCCCGUUACCAGAUGCAAAUUCUAGGAGAAAUCUUUUGAAGAACAAGCUUAAGGGUCAACAGUAUUCUUUGCCAAGUGGGGAUUUGGAAAGACUUGUGAAAGAUACCGAGGGAUAUUCUGGGAGUGAUUUGCAAGCUUUAUGUGAGGAAGCAGCCAUGAUGCCAAUAAGAGAGCUCGGUUCCAACAUUCUCACCGUCAAGGCUGAUCAGGUGAGACGAUUACAAUACGGAGAUUUUCGGAGCGCGAUGACUGUCAUACGCCCUAGCAUUGUAAAAAGCAAGUGGGAAGAGCUUGAACAAUGGAACAAAGAGUUCGGCUCUAACUAAUAGCAAAAGAUAAAUCAUGUAUUCAGCUACUUGAAGCAAGAUCAAGAGUUCAAGACCUAAAUUAAACAGCUAAUUGACCAUAUAAUUUGGGGUCAAGUUCGGCUGGUCUGGAUGAAAGUACACCUUCUGUUUCAUGAGGUACAAGUCACCGAUGACUUGUAAGUUAUGCAUAGAUUAUUGUACGGUCCGUUGGGUUAAUCGCCAAUAUUGCAUAUUCAAGAACAGGCUUUUUAUUAACCUUUGAUGACAUUUGGAAGUUGUAAACAUGUACAGAAAAUGCUUUUACUUGGGUUCUACUUUAUUUUUAAUCAAUGUAAUGUAUAGAAUUUAGAUCCUUUCUGGAUUAAAAAAAAUUAAGCAAUAAUUAAUUUUUAUUAACA